GAGGACUCUGAUUGGCCGAUGGCUCUUUCCGGUAUGACGCCAUACCGGAAGUUUUUACCUUCCCAGCCGGCUACAAGACCAGACAGAGAUAACCGUUUUUACACGAACUAUGACAAGGGCCGAGGGGAAAUUCACUCAAGUUAUCCGGGGCUGGGUCGUGUGGUGAUGAGCGGUAUGCCAUGCAGAGGAGACACAGCAGCAACACGGAUGGCAUGCCCUCUGAAAGGAGCCGAAGCCAAACUCUGGGGUCCGAGAGCAGCCUGGAUGAAGGUGGCGUGUUUGACUGCCUGAAGCCCGACUCGCCUGCUUCACCCCAGCAGAUCUUCUCUGGGCUGGUGGGAGUCCCCUCCGGCUCCGUCUCGUCUGCCCAGUUCCAGGCGGCCGGCUUAGUCCUGGGCUCUCCCCCUGAAGUUUUUAUCCAGAUGACCGCGUCCUCCAGAGAAGAAGGGGGCCCCCACCGCACAGAGGGCGGCCCUUUUCUCCCGCGGCCACCCCAGCACCACCAUCACCACCACCACCACUUCCACCACCAGCCCCUGCAGCACAGAACCUCCUCUCUUCUGCAGCAGGCUACGACGGCGGCCGGCUCAGAGAGGCACAGCUCCAGGGAGGAGGCCCAGGAAGACCAGUCCACCCCGGCUCCAGCUUUGUCUGAGCUGAAGGCAGUGGUGACAUGGCUACAGAGGGGCUUUCCCUUCAUCCUCAUCCUGCUGGCUAAAGUCUGUUUUCAGCAUAAACUAGGUAUCGCUGUGUGCGUGGGGAUGGCCAGCACAUUUGCCUACGCCAAUUCCACAUUUAGGCACCAAGUGUCAUUACGGGAGGACCGUUCUGUAUUUGUUGCUCUGUGGAUCAUCAUGUUCCUCGGAGGGAAUAUAGUGUACGUCUACUACACGUUUAGUCACGAGGAGCUGCAGAACAGCCUCAUUUUUGCCAAGCCCAACCUCAGCACCUUCGACUUCUUCGAUCUGAUCUGGGCGGUGGGCAUCACCGACUUCGUGCUUAAAUACGCAACCAUCGGCCUGAAGUGCUUCGUCCUCUUCCUGCCCAAGAUUCUCCUGGCCUUCAAGUCCAGGGGUAAGUUCUACCUGCUGAUCGAGGAGCUGAGCCAGCUGUUUCGAGCCCUGGUGCCCAUCCAGCUGUGGUACAAGUACAUCAUGGGAGAAGACCCCUCCAACAGUUACUUCCUGGGAGCAGCACUCAUCAUCAUCUACAGCCUCUGCAAGUCCUUUGACAUCUGUGGACGUGUGUCUGCUAUCCGCAAGGCCUUGGUCAUUCUCUGCAGCUCCCAGAGUUACGGGGUGAGGGCCGGCAGUCAGCAGUGCAGCGAGGCCGGGGACGUCUGCGCCAUUUGUCAGGCUGAUUUCAGAGACCCCAUCGCUCUGCUGUGUCAGCACGUCUUCUGUGAGGACUGCCUGUGUCUGUGGUUCGACCGCGAGAGGACGUGUCCACUGUGUCGCUCCACCGUCCUGGAGACGCUGCGGUGCUGGAAGGACGGCACCACGUCAGCUCACUUCCAGAUCUACUGACGCAGCCAGAGAAGGCCGAUGCAUCACAGAUGUGGCGUGACAUGGUUCUCUGUAAACGCUCUGUGACGGAGAAGCGCUGUUAGUGUGGUGUGGUCUUCAUGUGAAGCUGCGUCCAUCAACCAGACAGUUGACAGAAGCCAGAUUAUUGUCCUCCAGGUAUUUAUUUUAUUUAUUUUGUAGACUUCACUACACAUUUAACUUGUGGGUAUAAUCUAUUAUUCCUCAUUAGUCACACCGUGGUAAAGAUAAGUCGCAGCACUUGUAUAUGUGGUAAAUUUGGUGUAAUUUGGAUUAUUUAUGAUUCCGUUGUGUGCAUAUAUUGACUGUUUGUUAUUAUUCAAUUGUAUAUUUAACUUUUAUUUAGAUAUUCAGCGUUUGAAACAAAAUUAAAUGAAUUAUUGUGGAGGUGGAUACACAGUUCACUCAUUUCUAUUAAGUUACUGGUUUGCAAGGUGUGUUUUUUAAUUAUUAUCAUAUUUGGGUGUGAGUUUUAAUAAUCAGACAGGGACCAUAUUUAUUUUAACAUGCUGUAAAUUUGAUCCCUUAAAUGAACCACUCAAACAUUUCAUCUGCUCUGAUCUUUCCUAUGUGUAUUAGUCCUUUUUUAUAUAUUGUUGCUGUGUAUUAUUUCAUCUAGAAUCAUUUCCUGUGGAGCUAUACUUUCCUGCUGAAUGUGCACUGCAGCACUAAGAGUUUGAAAUUAAAGCGCUCCAACUCUG